AGACUGUACAUGUCGGAGCUGGGACUGUCAAUUUGCCAGUCAAGAACGGAUUUGCAAGGGGGCGAUUCUCGCAGGUCGUACCGCUAAAAUGACCUGCGAAUGCUGCUCAACUCACAGAUGUACAGUCCCUACUCUUUGGCUUUGCAGUCUUGCCAUCUCCAGUUCCUGGCUUGCAUCCCUUUACCAUGGGGCUCUCGCCUUUCCCUCUCUUGUCUCUUUCUCUCUCCACCAUCUUCCACGUCGAUGUUGGCUGCUACUGGCCCUAGACGUCGUCGCUUGUCGCUCCCACUUCUUCGACUUGCCUCUCGCACUUGCACUGACCAAUAUUCCCAGUGAAGAAACCCCUGGCAAAACAUCUUCUGCUCAACAUGGGUGUCCAGGGGUUAUGGCAGCUUGUUAAGCUUUCAGCAGUCGUACAUGACAGCUUGGGUGCUUUGGCACUGAAGGAUGGCUACGCAGACAAGCCAGCAGCGCGAGGAUACCGUGUGGGCAUCGACGCUAGCAUCUGGCUGCACACAGCGCAGAACACAUUUGCCGUUGGACACACACAAUCAGGCUUAAACCUGGAGUUGCGUUUGCUAUUCUACUGUCUCGCCUGCUUGCUCGCUCUGCCCAUCAAUCCAGUUUUCGUGUUCGAUGGUCCAAAUAGGCCGCGCAGGAAGCGAGGAACCAAUGUUGUGCCAGUUCCACACUGGUUGGUGAGCCUCUUUGAGGAGAUGCUCAGUGCCUUCGGGUUCCACAAGCAUGUGGCUCCCGGUGAGGCCAAAGCUGAGCUCGCCGUUAUGAAUGCUUUGGGCAUCAUCAAUGCCAUCCUUAUGGAAGACAGUGAUGCUCUAGCAUUUGGAGCCUUCACAGUCGUGCGAAGAUCAUUUUCAUCUCGGAAUCAGAAUCUGAAUGAAAUCACUGUAUACACAUCAGGUUAGAUCGAAAGCGGCAACAUUGGCCUCACACGCGAUGGUAUGGUGCUCAUUGCAGUCCUCAGCGGUUGCGACUAUGAUCAGCACAGACUUACAGGGUUUGGGUCUACCAUUGCCCAUUGUCUUGCCCAU